UUGGGGGGCUGAGCCUCCGCUGCGGGAGGGUUUAUAAGCUGGGACUCUGGAACCCUCAGCAUCAACCUCUUCCUCAGCCUCUUCCUGUCUUGCUGCUUCUGGGCUCCACUCUCUCUGCAGAAUGGCCUUCAGCGGCAAGUUCCAGGUGGAAAGUGAGAAGAACUAUGAUGAAUUCAUGAAGCGCCUUGGCCUCCCCAGUGACGUGCUUGAAAAGGGUCGCAAUGCUAAGAUCGUCACUGAGGUGCAGCAGGACGGGCAGGACUUCACCUGGUCGCAGUCCUACUCCGGGGGCCAUCUCUUUACCAACAAGUUCACCAUUGGCAAAGAGAGUGACAUGGUGUCUUUGGCGGGCAAGAACUUCAAGGCCACUGUGAAGAUGGAGGGCGGGAAGAUAGUGGCGGAGUUUCCCAACUAUCGCCACACCUCGGAGAUUGUGGGUGACAAGCUGGUGGAGAUCUCCUCCAUUGGAGACGUGACCUACGAGCGUGUGAGCAAGAGGCUGGCCUAAGCCACCAGGCUGGACUCCAUGGGGCUACAGAGCCACCAAUAAAACCGA